AUGCAUAAGUUAGGGUCAGCCGGUCAACACUGCGACUUCACGGCGGCGUCUUACUUCUCGUGGCCGACUUCGAGCAGGCUGAGCAACGCGGCGGAGGAAAGAGCCAACUAUUUCUCAAACUUGCAGAAGGAGGAAGAGGAGGAAGAUGACGUCUCUCCUGAGCCAGUCUCAACAGAGCCUAAAGGGCAACGAGCCACCACUUUGCUGGAGCUCAUGACCAUAAGAGCCUUCCACAGCAAGAUCUUGCGCUGUUACAGUCUUGGAACCGCCAUUGGGUUCCGGAUACGAAGAGGGGUUCUCACUGAUAUCCCGGCGAUCAUUGUGUUUGUGUCUCGGAAAGUGCAUAAGCAAUGGUUAAGCCCUCUUCAGUGCCUUCCUACUGCUCUUGAGGUAUACUUUGAAUUGAUAAAUUGUGAUGGCGUUGGAAUACAAGUUGUGAUUGUGAAUGUGUGGUUCGGGGAUUUGAAUUAG